AACCAUUGGCAAGUAAUUGCACCAAAAUCUAGCUGUUCAGUGAGUUUCAUCCUUCCGUUUAAAUAGCCAUUUUUUUUCUUGGCCAACAUGGGGCCUUAUGCCUCCUCUAUAUCUCAUUUGGUAUGUAGAGUUUUACACAAGUAUGAAGUGCCAAUUCAAGUAUAACAAGAAGCAUAGCAUAGGCCUUCACUUCGGAAUGAAGGAAAGUAUUCCUCUCAAAAGACAGAAAUGGAGAUCAGAUACCAGAGCUAAGUCCAUUCAGGAUUACCAUUGUCAGUUUCAAGAUGUAAGGGUCAUUUUAAGCCAUUCUACUCAAUUGGGUAGUUAGACAUCAAAAUAAAUUCGUCCAUAAAGCACUAGAUAGUUCAUGGAUCCUUAAUCCUUGAGUUCUAGUCCAUCAGUCUCCCUUCUGUAAAGAAAUACUCUCCAUUCUCCAGUCUAGUAAAGAUUUAUCAACCGAAUCAUGGCAUCCAUCCAAAACCUACACGAUCUCCAAUGGGCUAUGCAAACAAUCAUGUCAGAAACUGUAAAUCUGCAUAGCAUUUCAUUCUUUCUUUCUCAACCCAAUUCAAACUGCUAUCAAGAAACAGAGAACUCCAUGAACAUAAGCAUCUCAGCAGACAUCAACAGUCUAACAUACUUCUCUGACCUCCUGAAAGUACUUGGAGUGGCGAAGAAAACCCAAAUAUUUCUGCGCAACUUGGAGUUCCAUGGAGUCGAAUGGGAGAUGCAUCAACUAAGGAACCUCCAUGCUUUGCUCGAGAAGAACUCCAAUAUAAAGCUAACUGUUUUCCGGAGAAACAGAUUUAGCAGAGAGUGUUUAUUGGAGUUAUCAGAAAUGCUGAAGAAAAAUGAAGGAAUCAAAGAAGUAAUAUUCUCUGAGUCAGGUAUUGGCUCUGCUGGGGCUGAGUUGCUUGCUUCUGCUUUGAAGCUGAAUGAGAGCUUAGAAGAGUUGCAGAUAUGGGAGGAUUCAAUCGGGUCAAAAGGAGCUGAAGAACUCUCAAAUAUGAUUGAGGUGAAUUCCACCUUGAAGCUAUUGAUAAUUCUUGAUUCAAACCCAAUUACAGCAACUCCACUCAUCUCUGCAGUACUAGCAAGGAACAGGAGCAUGGAAGUACAUAUUUGGAGUGGAGAAAAAACUUCCAAGGUGGUCGAAUUUGUGCCUGAAAACAGUGCACUUAGAAUUUACAGGCUAGAUCUUUCAAGUGCUUGCAGAGUUGCUUGUGCACUAGGGUGCAACACAACAGUCAGGUCCCUCGAUAUGACUGGGAUUCGGCUAAAAUCUAGGUGGGCAAAGGAGUUUCGGUGGGUUUUAGAACAAAACAACAGCCUCGAAGAGGUGAGUUUGUCUAAAACUUGCCUCAAAGACAAGGGAGUCAUGUAUGUUGGAGCAGGUCUCUUCAAGAAUCAUUGCCUAGAAAGCUUAUACCUUCAUGGGAACUGGUUUGGCGGCAUAGGAGUAGAGCAUUUACUUUGCCCAUUGACCAGGUUCUCAUCUCUGCAAUGCCAAGCAAACACAACUCUGAAAUCUGUAACUUUUGGAGGAGGGAAAACAAGAAUAGGUCGUGAUGGAAUAAUGGCCAUCUUGCAGUUGUUGAUGACCAACCAGAGCCUGGUCCAGUUUGGAAUUUAUGAUGAUGAGAGCUUAAAGCAGGAAGACAUCAUCAAAAUUUUCAAGAGCUUGGAAAGGAAUGCUACUCUGCGAUGCUUGUCAUUGCAGGGUUGUAAAGGUGUUGAAGGAGAAUUGGUUUUGCAGGCAAUAAUGGAGACAUUGCAGGUUAAUCCUUGGCUAGAAGAAAUCGAUCUCAACAGGACACCUUUGCAUAAUUCUGGGAAGACAGAAGAGAUCUACCAGAAACUAGGCCAGAAUGGGAGGAUGGAACCAGAAACAGAUUUGCUCAAGGACAUGCCAUUAACGGUAUCAAGGAGUUGUAGGGUCUUCUUUUGUGGGCAAGAAUUUGCAGGGAAAACCACACUUUGCAAUUCCAUAUCACAGAACUUUUCUUCCUCAAAGCUUCCUUAUUUGAACCAGGUCAGAACAAUACUAAGCCCAGUUGAGCAAGCUGUGAGAACAGUAGGAAUCAAGAUCAAAACAUUCAAAGAUGAGGAUACAAAGAUUUCAGUCUGGAACCUAGCAGGUCAGCAAGAGUUCUAUGCCCUUCAUGAUCUCAUGUUUCCAGGGCAAAGGAGUGCAUCAUUCUUUCUUAUCAUAUCUAGUUUGUUUCGGAAGCCCAACAAUAGGGAACAAAAAAGUGCAGGAGAGAUAGAAGAGGACCUCCUGUACUGGCUCAGGUUUAUUGUUUCAAACUCAAAAAGAGCUGGUUUACAAUCCUUUCUGCCAAAUGUGACUGUGGUCCUCACCCACUUUGAUAAAAUUUCCCAACAAUCAGAAACCUUGCCAGUUAUCAUACAUUCAAUACAGAGACUCAGAGAUAAAUUCCAAGGUUUUAUUGAGUUCUAUCCAACAGUAUUCACAGUUGAUGCAAGAUCAUCUAGCUCUGUGAAUAAACUCACUCACCACAUUCGAAAAACUAGCAAGACAAUUCUCCAGAGAGUACCUCAAGUUUAUGACCUUUGCAAUGAUCUGAUUAAAAUUCUAUCAGACUGGAGGACAGAGAACUACAACAGGCCAGCGAUGAAGUGGAAGGAAUUCUGUGAGCUGUGUCAGGUAAAGGUCCCUGCUUUAAGAGUCCGAUCAAGGUACAACAACUUGCAGAAGGUGGACAAAAGAAGGCGGGCUAUUGCAAGGUCUCUUCAUCACAUGGGAGAGGUUAUCUUUUUCGACGAUCUAGGUUUUCUGAUCUUAGAUUGUGAGUGGUUCUGCGGGGAGGUGAUUGGCCAAUUGAUAAAAUUAGAUGCUGGAAGGCAGAGCUCAACAGAGAAGAAUGGAUUCAUAAGCAGGAAAGAACUGGAAAAGAUCCUUAAAGGAGCUUUACAGAGUCACAUUCCAGGAAUGGGUACCAAGGUUUUUGAAAAUUUGGAGGCGAGUGAUCUAGUUAUGAUGAUGCUGAAGCUUGAACUAUGUUAUGAACAAGAUCCUGGGAAUCCCAAUUCUCUACUUCUAAUCCCAUGUAUUCUUGAAGAAGGUAGGGGACGUACACAGAAAUGGCAGAUAAGCACAUCAGAUUGUUUUUAUGCAGGGCGACAUCUUGAGUGUGAUGAUUCAAGUCACAUGUUUCUUACACCUGGCUUCUUUCCACGGUUACAGGUGCACCUGCACAACAAAAUUUUCAAGUCAGGUACUCAGCAUGGAGCAACUUACAGUCUUGAAAAAUACUUAAUCUCAAUAAUCAUCAACGGUAUCCACAUAAGAGUGGAACUUGGAGGGCAGCUGUGUCACUACAUUGAUAUCCUUGCCUGCUCCACUAAGAACCUCACAGAAACUCUUAGACUUUUCAGGCAGCUCAUAAUUCCAGCAAUCCAGAGCCUCUGCCAAGGUGUCACCUUGACUGAGAAUAUUCUCCGUCCAGAAUGUGUGAAAAACCUAACACCCCCCAGAUACAGAAAAAGUCAAUUUGUGUCUUUGCAACAAUUGAAACAAACUCUCCUAUCAGUCCCUGCAGAUAGCAUGUAUGAUUACCAGCACACCUGGGUUCCAGUAGCAGAUGGGGGCAGGCCCAUUUUAAGAGCUGGAUUUGAUUUUGCUAGAGACCUCCUAUCAGAUGAUGAUUUCCGAGAAGUUCUGCAUAGACGAUAUAAUGACCUCUACCAUCUAGCUAUGGAACUGGCAGUUCCAACAGAAAACAAAGCAGAUAGGCCAGACCAUCCAGUAGUUGGUGAUGAACCUAACAGCAGAGUAGAACCAACAUUUGAUGGCAUCGCUAAGGGAGUUGAAGCUGUUUUGCAGAGGCUGAAGAUAAUUGAACGGGAAAUUAGAGACUUGAAGCAAGAGAUCCAAGGACUAAGAUAUUAUGAACACAGGCUCUUGAUGCAGCUCCAUCACAGGGUGAACUACCUGAUAAACUACAGUGUUCAACUAGAAGAAAGAAAAGUACCCCACAUGUUCUACGUUGUCAAAACAGAAAACCAUUCAAAGAGAUUGAUUACCAAUGUGAUUUCUGGAAUGACAGCACUCAAACUGCACAUGUUAUGUGAAUUCCAGGGGGAAAUGCAUGUGGUUGAAGAUCAGAUGGGUUGUGAACUGAUGCAAAUUGACAACAGAGCAGUGAUGUGCUUGGCCCCAUACAUGAAGCAGUUCAUGAAACUGCUUACUUUCGCACUCAAGAUAGGAGCCCAUCUAGCAGCGGGAAUGGGAGAAAUGAUACCAGAUUUGAGCAGAGAAAUUGCACAUCUUGUUGAUUCAUCAUCUAUUUAUGGGGCAGGAGGUAUGAUGGCUGCAGGUUUUGUGGGGGCUACAGCUAUUGGACGAGUGGAGGGAAUUAGAAAUAGAAGCAGAUCCAGGUCAUUGGGUGGGGAAAGUUCCAGGGACAUUCGACAAGAUUUAAGAACCGCCCAGCAAUGGCUUGUGGAUUUCCUAAGGGAUCAGAGGUGCUCAACAGGAAAGCAGAUUGCAGAGAAGUUUGGCCUCUGGAGGGUAAGAUAUAUAGAUGAUGGCCAGAUUGCAUGGAUUUGUAGGAGGCAUAGAGAGACAAGGGUAAAUGAAGUGAUUGAAGUACCUGUUUGAAACUGUGCAAAACUGAGAUGAAGGCUAAAUCAUGAGAAGUAGAUUAUUAUUCCUCAUCUGUAUGAAACUUGCUCUCUGACAAUGAUGUUAUUAUCUUAUAUAUGAAGAAUAGCUCAAUACAUCUUACAUAUUGAUUUGAAUACAGAACUUGAUUAUAUCUGGUAA